AAAAACAAAAAGAAAGAAAGAGGGAGGAGACAUGGAAGGAGAGUAGCGCUUGCAAACAAGAAUUGGAAAAAAGAUAUACCAACCAUUGACUGACCCAUUUUCUCUUCUCCCUUGCUCGCUUUCCCUUUGGAUCUGAGUCUCUCUUUCAAAUGGGAAACAAUCCAUUCUUAUUUGCCCCUACAGAUUCCUAUUCUCAACCAUCACCGUCAUCUUUGUCAUCACAGUCGCCGUUGCCAUCACCAUCGCCGUCAUCUAAUUCAUGUUCUUCACGUCCAUCUUCCGAUUCUUAUCCAAGUCUAAAUUCUCCUUUUCAGCCUUCUCAACAAAGUCUUCCUCAACUGCCUUCCCAUACUUCUUCAAGUCAUUUUGAUCCGCCUUCUGCGGCUUUUGUCGGACCUUGUGCAGCAUGCAAAAUCCUUCGCCGGCGAUGUACUGAUAAGUGUUCUUUAGCUUCUUAUUUUCCUCCAACUACAGAACCAGAUAAAUUGAACAUCAUUCAUAAAGUUUUCGGUCUUAGCAAUACGUUCAAGAUCUUGCAGAAUCUCCCCAAGUGUCAAAGAGUAGAUGCUGUAAGUAGUAUGAUUUAUGAAGCAAAUGCAAGAAUUAGAGACCCAGUUUAUGGGUGUGCAGGUCAAAUUUCCCUCCUUCAAAAACAAGUCGAUGAACUUCAAGCUCAACUGGCCAAAGCACAGGCAGAGGUAGUGAACUUGCAAUGCCAACAAGCCAAUUUAUUACCUCAAAUGUCCAUGGAAACGGCAGAAUCCAAUAAUCGUCAAGAACCCAUAUCUUAACAACCAUCACACAAUCAUGCAAGUACUCUCCACGACCCGUUGGAAUCUCUUUGAUCAUGUUAAUAAAAAUGCCAAAUUAUUAUUGUUGUUAUACCUCAAAAUUUUUGGAUUUAAAUAGAAGUACGUGAAGACCCGUGGAUUUCGUUGUCACUUCACUGUUAUAUUAUAUUAUAUAUUGUUGGACAAAAUAGUUUUAUCCAAAGUUUUUGAUGAUCAAACAA